UAGAGGGCACAACAGAUGAGGAAGAAAUCCCGAGUUACGGUGGCUAAAAUUAGCAUCAAAUUAUCUAGUUUUCUAAGGAUCAGUGAAAUAAAACUGAAGUGUUCUUAACCCUACACCAGCAAAGGGGCAUUGUUCACACAAGAGGAUGAAUCGGGGCCCACAAUCUAGUUUUGACCAAUAGGUUUUCUAAAAAGUAGCGGCAGCAAGACAUGGCGGCAGUGUUCCUUUGUGUCGUAAUAUGCCUGUUGACAUGUUGUUCCGCUUAUGAAAAUUUGGCACUAAAUAAACCAGCACAUGAAGAGUACCCAUACAAUGUUGGUGAUACUGAUGCCAGCAAUGCUGUUGAUGGCCUUAAGACUGAUCUGCGAGGUACAGAAGGACAAUGUUCAUUAUCAGCCCAAAAUCAACGUACCUCCACCUGGUGGGUAAAUCUGAACAGUACCCGCAGUAUCCACGACAUCCAGAUCUAUUACAGGACAGAGAAUCUAGCAUGGAAUGCAUCAAAUGGAUUUACAGCGAGGUUUCUUGGAUUUUCAAUAUACGUCUCAAACACAACAAACAAGUCGGAGGGAAAACUUUGCUUCAAAGACAACAACUUCACAAAAAGCACGAUUCCAGCAGUCUUUAACACCACCUGCUUUGAACAUGGUCAAUACGUCAUUUACUACAACGAGAGACUAGCAGGAGUGAACUAUUCUAGUGGUUAUUCUGACUACGCCUAUAACGACCUCUGUGAAGUAGAAGUCUAUGGAUGUCCUACACCUGGUUACUAUGGUAUUGACUGUAACCUCACCUGUCCUGAUGCCAACUGUGGAUACUGUCACAUCCAGACGGGCACCUGUCAGGGGGGAUGUAAACCUGGAUACAAGGGACACCGGUGUGAAUUGGAAUGUGACAAUAGAAAAUAUGGAGACGGAUGCCAAAAAAGUUGUGGACAAUGUGUAAACAAGACACAAUGUGACAACGUGAUCGGGACCUGCCCACAGGGGUGUGAGGCGGGAUAUAAAGGCCAAAUGUGUAGUCAAGAAUGUGAAGAAGGAUUUUAUGGACGAGGAUGUACGAGUCAAUGUGGAAACUGUUCCAACCAAACGGAUUGCAGUCGCUUCGAUGGAACUUGUUCAAAAGGCUGUCUUCCAGGAUAUCGCGGAGACACGUGCAAAGAACAGUGUGAUGGUAAUAUGUAUGGAGAAAACUGCAGCAAGUCAUGUGGCAACUGUAAGAACAGUGAACAAUGUCAUCACAUUGAUGGAACUUGUAUGAAAAGAUGCGAAAAUGGAUACCAGGGUUUAAAAUGCGACAAAGAAUGUGACAAUGGAACAUACGGGAACGGAUGCAAUAAAACAUGUGGUCAUUGCGUGAACAAGACGAUCUGUUACCAUGUGAACGGGACCUGCUUUGAGGGAUGUGAUCCGGGAUAUAGAGGUUCUCGGUGUCAUCUAGAAUGUAACAAUAAUAAAUAUGGAGACGGAUGCCAAACAAACUGUGGACAUUGUUUGAACACCAGUCAGUGUCACCAUAUAAAUGGAACUUGUUUUGAAGGCUGUGAUCCUGGAUAUGAAGGCCAAAAGUGUAAUCAGGAAUGUAAGAAUAAAACAUACGGUUACCGAUGCCAAAGGAAAUGUGGACAUUGUUUAAACAGCCCCCAAUGUGACCACGUUAACGGAUCUUGUUUACAGGGAUGUAAAGCGGGUUAUGAAGGACGCACAUGUAACCUAGUUAACUUGGCUCUACGCAAACCAGCAUAUCAGGAGAACAUAUACAAACAUGCUAACGUUAGUGCCGGCAAUGCUGUGGAUGGACGCAAAUCAAACUUGAAAGGUUUAGGAGGAGAGUGUUCAAUAUCAGCUGAGAAACAACGCACCGCUACCUGGUGGGUUAAUCUAGAGAGCAUCUAUAGCAUCCAUAACAUUCGUAUCUAUUACAGGACCGAGAAUUUAGCCUGGGGUCCAUCAAACGGGCAUACAGCGAGAUUUCUUGGAUUUUCUAUAUACGUCUCAAACACAACAGACAAGUUAGAGGGAAAACUUUGCUAUAAAGACGAUACCUUUAAUAGAAGCACGAUACCAGCUGUCUUUAACACCACCUGCUUUGUUCAUGGUCAGUACGUCAUUUACUACAACGAGAGACUACAAGGAGUUACCUAUCCUAGUGGUUAUUCUGACUACGCCUUUAACGAACUCUGUGAAGUGGAAGUCUAUGGUUGUCCCACACCCGGAUACUAUGGUAUUGACUGUGACCUCCCCUGUCCUGACGUCAACUGUCGAUACUGUCACAUCGAGACGGGCACCUGUCAGGGAUGUAAACCUGGAUACAAAGGACACCAGUGUGAAUUAGAAUGUGACAAAGGUUGGUAUGGAGACGGAUGCCAAAGACGAUGCGGACAUUGUAUAAAUACGACACAAUGUGACCGCAUUAAUGGGACUUGCUUACAGGGGUGUGAAGUGGGAUAUGAAGGUCAAACGUGUGAUCAAGAGUGCCAAGACGGAUACUUUGGUGAAAACUGUGCUCGAGAAUGUCCUGCUAACUGUAACAGCUGUAAUAAAAAAUCGGGACUUUGUGAUCUUGGAUGUCAUCCGGGAUGGAAACGGACAAAUUGUACAGAAAAGUGUGAUGAUUACCGUUUUGGUAAGAAUUGCAGCAAGCAAUGUGGACAUUGUUUCAAUAAUUCAUCGUGUCAUCACAUAAAUGGAACCUGUGUGGAUGGGUGUGACAGAGGGUACCAAGGCACAGAAUGCAUGCAACAGUGCUCAAACAACACUUUUGGUCGUAACUGUCAGGAAAAAUGCAACAGGACGUGUAUAACCUGUGACAUAGUUACUGGAAUCUGUGACAGUGGAUGUCAUCUCGGUUGGAAAGGAGACUAUUGUGAAAACGCAUGCGAUGGCAAUUUCUACGGAGCCAAUUGCAGUCUACAAUGUGGAAAGUGUAGGAACAAUACACAGUGUCACAACGCAUACGGUAAUUGCACGGGUGGAUGCGCCAGUGGGUUCAACGGCACCAAGUGCGACACAGAAUGCUAUGAUGGUUAUUUUGGUCCAAACUGUCGUGGAGCAUGCAACGAAACGUGCAAAAGCUGUAAUAAGACCUCGGGUGUCUGUGAAUACGGCUGUAAACCAGGAUGGAAGGGUGACUUUUGUGAAACAAUUUGUGAUGAACUUUUUUAUGGAGAAAAUUGCAGUGUGCCGUGCGGGAAUUGUUUAAAAAAUGAGCAGUGUCAUCACUUGAAUGGAACGUGUUUUAAUGGGUGCAUGAGUGGCUUUAUGGGCUCAGAAUGCAUAGAAGAGUGCCAGGAUGGAUAUUUUGGAGAAAACUGUAUACGGGAAUGCCCUGAUAAAUGCUACAGCUGUAACAAAUCUUCUGGUAUUUGUGAUCUGGGAUGUCAUCCGGGAUAUAAAGGGACAUACUGUACAGAAGAAUGUGAUGGUGGACUUUUUGGAGUGAACUGUAGCAUGCCAUGUGGACACUGUCGUAAUAACCAACAAUGCCAUCAUAUAAACGGAACAUGUGCAGAUGGAUGUGACCAAGGGUAUAUGGGUGACAACUGCACGAAAGAGUGUAUGAACGGUCGUUUUGGCUACGACUGUCUUAGAAAUUGCAGUUCGCUUUGCGUGAACAGAACUUGUGAAAAGAAAACCGGCAGUUGCAAACAGAUUGCAACACAGACAAGUGAUUCUGAGAACAACGCCUCAUUUGUUGGUGUAGGGGUCGGAUUGCUAAUCUUACUCAUUGCUUCUGUUCUCGUGUUUGUCAUCGUAAGAAGGCAUCGAAAGUCUAGUCCACACGGCCAACCGCUGAACAACAAUCGAAGGGAUGAUGAGAUGAAGCUUACAGGACAGGGUUACUCGAAAAUAAAUACUCAAGGUUCAAGCAAUGGUCGCCCAGCCAUUGAAACAACACCUUUGAGCGAAGGUGUGAAUGGGAUGAUAGUCGAGGAUCCCGAAUAUUUUAACGUAACCAAGACAACGCCCGAUAUAGCUAUUGAUAAGCUUGAAGCUGCUAUCGCUGAGAAGGGAAAAAACGACAACGAAGGUUUCCGAAAGGAAUAUGCGGCUCUUCCAAGUGGUGAGCUACACACAAGUGAAUUUGGAAAGAAACCUGAAAAUGUUCCUAAGAAUAGAUAUAAAACAACUUUUCCUUAUGACCAUUCCCGAGUGGUACUGGACACCCAAGGAGGUGAAAAAUCAGAUUAUAUCCAUGCGAAUUACAUAGAGGGUCCAAAUCGGAAAAAGGAAUACAUCGCUGCUCAAGGACCGAAACCAAACACACUUGGGGACUUUUGGCGUAUGAUCUGGCAAGAACGUGUGACUACCAUCGUCAUGGUGACAAACCUCAAAGAGGGUGAAAAGCUCAAAUGCAAUAAGUAUUGGCCCGACAAAGACAAGCCAGCGACGUAUGGACCAGUGCUGGUUACGCUUUUGGAGGAGAAGGAAUAUGCAUUUUACACUACCCGCCAACUCUCCGUGUACAACAAAGAACUUAAGAACACACGUGUAGUAACACAAUAUCACUACACUGCCUGGCCGGAUCACGGAGUUCCAGAGCCGCUGGGUUUGCUAUCAUUCCAUAGCCACGUCAUGAAUACAUCAGCCAACAAUAGUCAAGGUCCCACAACCGUACAUUGCAGCGCUGGUGUAGGACGAACGGGGACCUACAUUGCUUUGGACGCCCUGUUUCAGAUGGGCAAGAGAAAGGGAAUAGUAAACGUGGCUGAAUUUGUAGCGAAAAUGAGACAGAACAGAGUUUCUAUGGUGCAAACAUACGAACAAUACAUCACUAUUUUUCUUGCUUUAAACGAAAUUUUUAAAGCACCCAUUAAGGCGGACAGUAUGGCGGAAUUUUCUAGUAAAGCAAAUAAAGCGGGAACGAAUAUUCCAGCCAAUCAAAAUCCAGCUCGCAAAGAAUUCCAGUUUCUGUCAAAAAUUCGGCCAAAUUAUACAAAGGAUGACUACAAAUUUGCCAUGAAUUCUAGAGCAGACAAGCAGGGUGGUGAAAUUCUGCCUCUUGACAAAUACAGUCUGCAUCUGUCCACUGGUAUUCCAAAACGAGGCAGUUACAUCAAUGCUAUUACCGUGUCGUCAUUUACCAACUCACAGGGUUUUAUUGUGACGAAAUAUCCAGCACCAGAGGACGCUGUAGACCUUUUGCGCUUGCUAAAUGACCAUGAAUCAGAUACAGUCGUUUCUCUGCAACCACUGCGAUACAUAGAAUCGAGUCAUGCAUGGUUCCCUGCAGUAUCUUCUUCCCUGAAGAUUCCACCAUACUCUGUUACUCAUCAAUCAAAAUCACAUACUGAUAUCACCUCUCACGUGAUCCAAAUACAUAAAGAGGGAGAUGAAGAUCAUACUGUGACGGUUAUUGAACCAGAUGCUGAAAUACAUUGUUCAGGAAAGUCCUCUGUUGACACGUCCCAGCUUCGGAGUCUUGUUUCGGCAGUUCUUAAUUUAGAAACCAAAAACCCAAUUACCAUUUUAAGCAGUGACGGUGCCUCCCUUUGCGGAUUGUUUGUCGCCGUCCAUAACGUCAUCCAACAGAUGAACAUGGAUGACAGAGUGGACGUAUUCACCGCCGUCAGACAGCUGCAGAUCAGACGACCGGAGUUUUGUGCCAAAUUUGAGGAGUACGAGAUGAUAUACCGUACUGUUUUGGACUACAACCAAAAUGAAUCGGAAAGCAUAUAUUGUAACCAAUAAGAGACAUGUCACUAUAGCAGCAUAUAUUGUACCCGGGGAGGUACAUAUCAAUAUAACAGUAUGUCCCCCCUUAAACCACGAAAAAGAGUUUAAGAUGGAAGCAGCCGCUACCAAAUGUACAUGUAUCUCUAUACUUCCAUAUAACUUUAUUUUUUUUUUCAAAAUAUAAAUAAUAAAAAAGAUGUUGAAAAAAAAUAUUUAAAAAAUGAAAGUGUCAGAAUAGUUCAAAUUAAUUUUCAAAUUCAAACGCAUUUUUUUUAUGUUAAAAUUUACAAUUUCACCGUUAUUUAGGAAAGGGUAUAUCAUAUUUCUCAUUUAAUUUGAAAGGUGCAGAUUUGUAAAGAAUGGCAUUAUAAUGAUAAUUUUUUUAAGAGAAGCAAUGAUAAAGUAUUUUUUUAAAUGCUAAAUUGUGUAGAAAGACAUAAAAAAUUGGAAACACACCAUUAUGAUGUCAGUAUUUAGGUGUUGUAGUAUCUUGCUUCCAUUUUAACAAAGUAAUGGAGGUGGGGUGGGUGGGGACACGGAUCUCAUACCGCAGUAUUAUGUGUAAUAAUGAUAAAUCAGUUGUUCAUUCUGUUUUAAAUCUGAGCUACACAAGUCAUCAAUGCAAUGAAUAUGCAAUGGAAAUUUAUACACACUUCCGACUUUGUAUUCAAAUUAUAGAUCAUUUUUUGUCAAGCUUUAAACGUUUUUAUUAUAAUGAUAUUCUCAUUUGAAGUUUUUUUUUCUACAGAUUCAUUAUUUUUACAUUUUUGUUCUACUUGCCAAUUGUUAUAGUCAUUUUUUUAUUUCAAUAAAACUUUGUUUUUGUUUCAUUUACAGAUUAUUUUAAAAUCAACUCUAUUUCUUGCACUGGGUAUUUUUCUUACGUGAUAUACAUGUAUGUACAUUUAACAUUAAAUUUAUAAUGAUCAUGCUAUGUAGACUAAAUAUUGUUUCUUUUAAUAAUCAGAAAUUCAACUGGAUUUUAAUGCCGGUACAAAUAUUUAUGUUAAUUUCAAUACAUGAUUUAUGAUCAGAUAACUAAAUAAGGAAAACAAGGCAAUAUAAUAACUACAAAAACGUCUCUCAGAAAUUAUUUUUCAUAGUUGCAAAAUCAUAAAUGAAAAUUUCAUUUGUUAACAUGUUAAACAUUUGAUUUUGGCCAAUGAUAGAACGAAAUAUUAUAUCAGACUUAUCUCUAUAGACAUCAAAAGACAAACAUGGCAUAGUCUUAUUUAAUCGAAAUUUAUAAAGGAUCUACAUGGGUAAGUUACUUUGUUUGAUAGACAUUUUGCCGGUUUUUUCGGAUACAAAUUGCGUCAAGUAUACAUUUCAUUUUAGUUAAAAAAUCAAUAAUGAAGUUUGUAUAUAGAUACAACUUAGAUGCAGCUGAAAGUCUUGUUAUCGCAUAACAUUGCAACGGUAUCUUACUUAUCAUAAAAUGUAUAUUUAUCUGCUAAUUUUGCGUAUAUGUUAAAACGUUUUAAAUCUGUUUUGGUUUGUUUUGGGUUUUUUUAAAUAUAUAGAUUUGAGAUUUUAAUUCAUUAAUAA